CUCGCAGUGGUCGCAGCUGUGGCCCCGGGCCCGUGCGACAUCACGGGCGAGGCCGGCAACCCGUGCGUCGCCGCGCACUCGACCGUGCGCGCGCUGUUCGCUGCCAUGGAUGGCCCGCUCUACGAAGUGACUCGCAGCUCCGAUGGGGCCUCGAGCGAUGUCGGCGUCCUCGCGAGCGGGUUCGCGAACGCCACCGCUCACGACGAGUUCUGCGCCGAGCUCGACUGCGUCAUCAGCAAGGUCUACGACCAGAGCCCGAUGGGCAACCACCUCUACCAGCGCCACAAGCUCGUGAACGCGUCGCGCCAUCCGAUCCUCGUCGGCGCCGGCGUGCCCGUCUACGGCAUGUGGUUCGACCAAGGGUACGGGUACCACUGCGACGACACGACGGGCGUCGCCACCGGCAACGAAGAAGAGAGUCUCUUCGCGGUCAUGUCGGGCACGCGCCGCCAGAAGGGCGGCGGCGGCUGCUGCUUCGACUACGGAAAUAGCGAGAACUCGGUCGUCGCGAAGAAUCGCAGCGACGGCGCCGGCGCGAUGGAGGCCAUCUACUUUGGAGAUGCCAGAUGGAUGGGCAACUCGGGCGACGGCGACGGCCCCUGGGUCGGCGCGGACCUCGAAGCGGGCAUGUACUACGGAGGCGGGAACGCGACGAAGACGAACCCGCGGAACAAGCCGCUCCCCUACCCGUUUGUCUCGCUCUACCUCGGCGGCCGCGAAGACGGCUUCGUCCUCAAGGGCGGCGACGCGACGCGGGGCGAGCUCGCGACGAUGUACGACGGCCCGCGGCCGGACUGCAAGAUCGCCGGCACGUGCGAACGCCACAAGAACGCGACCUACACGCCAUCGUAUCAACCGAUGCACAAGCAGGGCGCGAUCAUCCUCGCCACCGGCGGCGACGAGAGCAACGACGCGCUCGGCAACUUCUACGAGGGCUUCAUGGUCGCGGGCGCGACGACGGCCGCGACGGACGCCGCGGUCCAGGCGAACAUCGUCGCCGUGGGCUAU